GCAUAUUCAACCAAGAAGAAAAAUAGCUUAGGAUUCUUAUGUGGGGGCAUCCUCUGGACUAUCAACGCCUAGGACAUUAGAGCUACGUUUACAACCAUGCACUGCACGACAUACCUUACACGAGGAGGCUAGAAGAGCUAGGAGAGCUAAACUGCCGCAGGGUAUCAGUUUCUUACAGUCUCAGACUCAGGAGCACCUUUGUCAGCUAUUUCAGUUGUGAUCGGGUUUCGGUCGAUAUUAUAAUACCCAUUCUCUCCCACUAUCCUUUGCUCCCUCCCUCAAUUAUCAUUCAAUUACAUUGGCGAUUGCGUGCGGUGGCCUCUGGUUCUAUUCGUUCAGCAAUACCUUAUACCAUGGCAAUUACGACUGAGGGAACGUUCCAGAUUGACGAUGAUAGCUUCUAUUCCAAGACUUGGGCGCCAACUGGCGCAGUUGUGGCCAAGCUAAUAUUAGUCCAUGGUUUCAGCGACCACAUCAACUGCUACAACGAGCUCUUCUCCAGGCUUGCGGCUCAUGGUAUCCAGAUUUUUGCAUGGGACCAGCGUGGCUGGGGUCGCAGUGUGACGAGAUCAUCCGAGAAGGGUCUUACGGGCGGGACGACGCGGGUGCUCGCCGAUGUGGCUGCUUUCAUUGGGGAUAAGUUGCCGUCUGAAUUACCCAUCUUUGUGAUGGGCCACUCUGCCGGUGGAGGUACGAUUCUCACACUUGCGGCCGAGCCACAGUACAAGAAUCUAGUAUUGCAGAUCCGCGGCUGGAUCCUAGAAGCCCCUUUAGUGGGCUUUCUGCCUCAGCAGGAACCAAAUUCUAUCGCGGUGAUCGCUGGUCGAUUGGCAUGCAUGCUGUUUCCCCAGAAGCAGAUGAUACACUAUGUGGCACCUGAACUGUUCAGCCGAGAUACGGCAAUUGUCGAAUCAAUCAGGAAUGACCCCCUACGCCACAACACCGGCACACUGGAGGGUCUCGCAGGAUUGCUCGAUCGGACCAUGGCCUUAUCGUCGUGCAGCUAUGAUUCUGCCGUGGAGUGGUUGGAUAGGCAGGAGACGAAGGACAAGACGGUUAAGUCAUACGAAGGAGCGUAUCAUCAGCUGCAUAUGGAUCUUUGCCUGGAAGAGUUCUCUGAGGAUUUGGCGGAGUGGAUCUUACAGAGGAGUGUCUCGACUGAACAGAGUGAGAUCAUUUCUAUGGAAGGUUAA